GUCAACGUUCUUGACUUCCAAUAAUCUGAGCAAUGUCUUCCGCUUUGGUUCCUCAAGGUUUCGGUUAUGUCGGCGCGUCGCUAGUGUCGACCGUCUGGCUUCUUUUGGGCCAGAGCUUUGCCGUGAGCUCUGCACGAAAGAAGGCUGGCAUUGACUACCCUCAAGCAUACGCCGAGAAGGCGCAAGAGAAAGCCUCCAAGGAAGCACUUAUCUUCAACUGCGCUCAACGUGCCCACCAAAACACGCUCGAGAAUCUUCCCGCCGUGUACAUCUCCACCAUUGUAACUGGCCUUCGCUAUCCCAUUCCUGCUGCGGCUGCUUGUGCUCUCUGGGUCGUGAGUCGAAUCUCAUACACCCGCGGUUACAUCACUGGUGACCCCAAGAAGCGCGUUGGCCUUCUCUACGGUCUCGGUUCAAUCUCCCUGCUCGGAUCACUGUUGACUGCCACCUACGUCGCUGGCACCUGGGUUCUCGAGAACAUCAAGGCUUAAGCGAGCAUAAACUAUCAUACCUUGCCCUUAACCUUCUGUAUAUUACGCAUGGGGCGACCUGUAAUGUAAUGAGGAGAAACAUAGGUACAAUCGUUUGGCUGGA